AUGGGUUCUUCUUCUCUUUACUCAAUUUUGCCAUUAGUUCACCCUUCCAAGCUUAAUUCCUCCAAGAAUCUUGUUUUUUGGAGCUCUUCCUCGGUUCCACCGGCCAAAGGCAUCCCCUUUUAUAAGAAUUCGUCGAUAAUUACUAGAAUUGCCUGUUCUUCCAGAAAUGAUGUUCCUAAUUCGGUGCCUUCCUUGGGGGAUAAUGUUCCAAGCAAUUUCUGCAUUAUAGAAGGACCAGAGACAGUUCAGGAUUUCGUUCAGAUGCAGAUGCAGGAAAUACAAGACAAUAUAAAGAGCAGGCGCAAUAAAAUAUUUCUUUUAAUGGAGGAGGUAAGAAGGUUACGAGUACAGCAGCGGAUCAAAAGUAAACAAGUUCUUGACGAAAUGGGUGAACAAGAAGACGAGAUGCCUGAUAUUCCAUCCUCUAUCCCCUUUCUGCCUCAUGUGACGCCGAAAUCGCUGAAGCAGCUCUACCUGACAAGUUUCUCAUUUGUAUCUGGAAUAAUCAUCUUUGGUGGCCUUCUUGCCCCAGUUUUGGAGCUUAAAUUAGGUUUGGGCGGUACAUCAUAUGAGGAUUUCAUUCGCAAUAUGCAUUUGCCUAUGCAAUUGAGUCAGGUCGAUCCAAUAGUAGCAUCCUUUUCAGGUGGAGCAGUUGGUGUUAUUUCUGCUUUGAUGUUAAUUGAAGUGAACAAUGUUGAGCAACAAGAGAAGAAGAGAUGCAAGUACUGCCACGGAAGUGGAUAUUUGGCAUGUGCACGAUGUUCAGGCAGUGGUACAUGCCUGAAGCUCGAACCCACUUCCGGAGCAAGUACUCAACGGUGCCAGAAUUGCUCAGGUUCAGGAAAGGUGAUGUGCCCGACAUGCUUAUGCACUGGUAUGGCGAUGGCUAGUGAACAUGACCCUCGAAUAGAACCCUUCGAUUAG